AUGAUUCGGUCAGUUCCUCUUUGGAUCCGACUUCAAGAUCUUGGUCUCCAAUAUUGGGGAAGCAAAUGCCUUAGUGCUCUUGUUAGUACUUUAGGUAAGCCGAUCAUGGUGGACAAGUUUACUCGGGAACGUUCUAGAGUUCAGUUUGCUAGAGUUAUGGUGGAGAUGGAAAUUAAUGAUAACCCGCCUAGGACAAUACAAUUUUUGAACGAGCAUGGCCAGUUAGUUGAACAAGGGGUAGAAUAUGAGUGGUUACCUGUGAAGUGCAAAACUUGUGCUGGAUAUGGCCACUCUAUGGCUGACUGCCGUAAGGAACAAAAAGACCAAGGGAUGCUGAAGGAAUCUCAUUCAAAGGGUUCUGAUAUGGCAGGGAGAGACAAGGGUAAGGAAGAUACUGUUAUCUCGACUUUGACAGGGAAAGAUAUGGGUAAGGAAGAUGUUGUGAUGCUUACUAGGACUUCUUCUGUGAAAAAGGUUUCAUGUAAUGAGGAAAUGGUUGCUGGUAAAUUACAUCAUAAUAAUGAGGUUUCACCAGAUGAGAAGGGCCAGAGUGGGUCUAAAAUAGUCUGGAAAUCUCCUAAGAAGGUGGUUUAUAAGCAGGGGAAAGUAGACAGAAGACAGCAGAGGGAUAACUCAAGCUUAGCUGAAUCAGGGAAGCCUCAGUCUAGUUACUUUUUGGUUCUCUGGAAUUUAAGGGGUUUGAAUGGUCCAAAAAAGCAGGUUGAAGUGUUGAAUCUUUGUAGUAAGAAUAAAAUUGGAGUGGGUGCUCUUUUGGAAACUAAAAUGAGGGGGUCAAAAGUUACUGAGAUGAUGGCUAAUAGGUUUUUGAACUGGGAGUACUACUCUAGUUCGAUUAAUGAAGGCAGAAUUCUUAUAAUUUGGAGGAGGGUCUUUGUUAAGGUUACUGUGAUUGAAGAAAAUAGUCAGUUUGUUCACUGUCAAGUUCGAAUGGCUGGUUUGAAAUUCCCUUUUAGUGUCACGUUUGUAUAUGGGCGUAACACGUUGGAGGAAAGGAAGAGCCUUUGGCAUAAAUUACCUAUGAGUACAGCUGAUGGUUGGAUAGUGUUGGGAGACUUUAAUGCAGUGUUUAAAGCUAAUGAAAGGGACGGAGGGAAGCCUGUUUCCAAGGCUGAACUGGUUGAUUCUUCUCAAUGGUUAGCUAACUCUCAGCUUAAUGAUUUAUUUCCUACUUCCACAGCAGUGUUCAAAUGGGAAACAAUUUCGGACCACUGUUCUUGCACUAUAUCUAUCCAGACAUUGGAAUUUCUGGGUGUCAAACUCUUCAGGUUCUACAAUUUCUGGGCAGACCAUAGAAGGUUUAAAGAUAUGGUUAUUGACAGCUGGAGUAAGUAUUCUCAGGGGACUGGUUUAAAGGCUCUGUUCUUUAAAAUGAUGCGGCUGAAACAUCAGUUGAAAAAGUUUAAUAGGGAUCAAAUAGGAGAUAUUGGAUCUCAAUUUCAGAAGGAUAAAAUAGAGUUUCAGGAUGCUCAUUCUCUUGCUCAAUAA